AUCGAUAGCACCCGCAUCGAUAGACCUGCCGCCUUUCCGUCCUAUUUACUGUUGCUUUUGCCGCUGCCGUCUCCCAGGAUACACAGGAUAUAGGAUACAGGAUAUAUAUAGACACGGGCUAGAAAAUGGGCCUGCUGUCCGAUCCAUCGAUAUCGACGCAAAGCAAGCUGGUGGACGGCCUGGCGCGCCAUGUCCGCAAGGUGUGCACCGUCUUGUAUGUGGCGGGUGUGGCCUGGUUCUUCUGCCUGGCCCUGCCGGAGUUCAACCACGGCACAUAUCUCUCGGAGAAUGCCCUGUCGCCGGGCUUGGUUUACCCGGAGAUCCGGGUUGAUGCCAAUCGCCUGGCCAUCCAGCUGUUGGAGGAGCUGCAGCGCGAGCGCAAGGAUCAUCUGUCAACGACCCCGCAUGCCUGGAUAGCGGCCAAGAUGAAUGAGUUCGGGCUGGAGACGCACACGCACAACUACACGCUGCGGUAUCCCUUUGGCGGCGGCAAGGAGUAUCAUGGCAAGAAUAUCUACGGCAUUCUGCGUGCUCCCCGCAUUGCCUCCACGGAGGGCAUCGUGUUCACGGCUCCCUAUCGCGCCGCCAGCUCCGUGCACACGGACAUCUCGCCCAGCGUGCCGCUGCUGCUGGCCUUUGCCGACUUUGCCCGGCGGAAGAACUACUGGGCCAAGGAUCUAAUCUUUCUGGUCACCGAGCAGGAGCAGCUGGGCAUGCAGGCCUGGCUGGAGGCCUAUCACGAUGGCGAUCGUGACCUGGACGUGAGCAAGGCGUACCUGAGGCCCGGAAAUUUGCCGGCGCGAGCGGGUUCCCUUCAGGCGGCCCUAAAUAUCGAGGUGCAGGAUCUGGAAAUAGACUACGUGGACGUGCGGAUUGAAGGACUAAACGGGAAGCUGCCGAAUCUGGACAUGUUCAACCUGGUGCAGCGCAUCAUGGCCCGGGAGGGGAUCGCCUCCGGCUACAAGCAGACGCCGCGCAAGAAGCGCCGGCACAGCAAGUCCCUCUUCGAGACCAAUCUCCGGCAGAUGCUGGCCAUGCUGGCCACUCAGUCGUCGGGCGUGCCCAAUGGCAAUCAUGGCCUGUUUCAUCGCUAUCGCAUCGAUGCCUUGACCAUAGCCGCCCAUCGGAGGGCCACCCAUGCCACGCUGAAGGGUCAGCCGGGUUCGGCGGCAGUGCCGCUGCUGAAGGCCAUCGAGGGCAUAGCCAGGAGCCUAAACAAUCUCCUGGAGCGCUUCCACCAGAGCUUCUUCUUCUACGUGAUUGUGAACAACGAUCGGUACAUCUCCAUUGGGGACUAUAUGCCGGCUCUGGUGGCCCUGGUAGCCUGUGCCUUUGUGAAGGCCUACCUAAUGUGGUCCACGCUGCCGUCGACGGAGGCUGGCGGUGAGCUGGACACGGAGGAAAGGGAUGCAGACACCGAUGUGGAGGCCGAGAAAUUCGAACUGCCUUAUGGCUCAGUGCUGAUCUAUCUCACCGCCACGCUGCUCAUUGGCUUCCUGUGCAACGUGCUGCCCCUGCAGCAGUAUUUCCUGGAGAUACCCAUGGGCGCUGCCCCGCUGACCACCUCCGUGCUGAGUUUCCUCUCCCUCAUUGGGUUUAUCUUGCCCUUUGUGGUGGUCCUGCCGCCCGGCGGCUUGGAGCUGCUGCACGUGGCCUUCCUGCUCAUCUACGGCUGCUCUUUGAUCGUCAUUGGGCUGCUCAACUUUGCCUUGGGCUUCUUUGUGGCCGUGCUCACGGUCCCGCUGGUAAUUGCCCUGGAGACCAAGGAGGACACCAGCAGAAGCACGUUGAGGCAUGCGAUCCGCCUGCUCGCACUUAUCCUCAAUCCCAUGAUGAUCGUGUAUGUCAUUGUGCUGGCCAUGACCUUCUAUCAGUUCCCCGAACUGCCGCUGCAGAAGAUCCUGCUGCGAGCAGCCACAGCGGCCAUGGAUGCCUCGGCCUACGGGCUCAUUGACUCGGUGUUGUAUGGCAACUUCUUGUACUUUGUCAUAUCCACGGUCCUCCUGCCUUUGUGGAUCAUCUGCUGGACCCUGGCCCUGUCCAAGCGCAGGGACUAUGCAGACUAUGUGGAGUUUGAGGAGUCGCCAGCGAGCUCGCCUCAGCCGCAGUCGCCGUCGCAGGCAAAGGUAAAAACCAGUUGAAUGCCUGCAUAUAUCAUCGGGAAAAUGAUCCUAAGAUUAAGUGUGAUAAACCCCAAGACAAAUGCGUGGGUAAUUCCAUAAAGAAAAUGUUAUAUUCGAUUAAAUGUCUGAAUAAAUGAAAUCUAUUUAUUAGUUGCAA